UCUUGAAGGUGGCUCUGGUGUGCCCAUGCCCUGUCGCAUGUAUAAAAAGACCCAGUUUUCGAACGGAUCUUCAAACCGAACAAUCAGCAGUCAGGAUGAGUCUCACAGCUAAGGAUAAGGAGGUCGUCAAGGCCUUCUGGACCAAAUUGGCUCCCAAGGCAGAUGAUGUUGGAGCUGACGCUUUGUCCAGGAUGUUGGUUGUGUACCCUCAGACCAAGACCUACUUCGCCCACUGGAAGGACCUGAGCCCCGGCUCUGCCCCGGUGAAGAAGCAUGGGAAGACUAUAAUGGGAGGAGUUGCUGAUGCUGUGGGCAAAAUCGACGACCUGACAGCAGGUCUGCUGGACCUCAGUGAGCUGCACGCUUUCACCCUGAGAGUGGAUCCAGCCAACUUCAAGAUUCUCUCUCACAACAUCCUGGUUGUGUUGGCCAUCGUCUUCCCCAACGAAUUCACCCCUGAGGUCCAUGUGGCCCUGGACAAGUUCCUGGGGGCUUUGUCCCGCGCCCUGGCUGAGAAAUACCGGUAAACCAGCAACAGGAGCAGCAGCAACAGAGGAUGGUCAUUCCAAUGUGCUUCAGUGCAAUCCAUCCCUGUAACCUGAAUAAAAGAUCAAAUGCAA